AUGGCCUCACCGAAAGACAUCACAGCACAUGGGAAUGCGGCGGUCGAUCAGACUAUAUAUUCUGUGCCUGCUAAAGAUUCUGGUGACAACGAUAUGGCUAUUAAUGAGCAAUCUCUCACUGAUGCAACUACGAUGGACUUGACAGGAAUAGUAAAUAAAAAUCCCACAUAUUCCAUGGAAGUGAAUGAAUCUUCAGAUGAUGAUUUGCUUGAUAACCAAAUCUCAGAAUUGGAUGAUCCUGCUGCUAUUCAGGCACAAAAAACUCUUGAGGCUUUGGAACAAUUACCGCAAGUCAUGGAACAGUUGGAUCAAGAUAAUACACGAUUUGAAUUGCAUGUACGCUUGAUUGAAAUUCUGUCCCUGCUAGACUUCCCCGAUCAGCUUGAAUCUGCCCGUGAAAACAUGCACGAAUUAUUCCCUCUUCCAGAAUCUAUGUGGCUGGAUUGGAUUAACGACGCCAAAAAGAACUUGGAUACAGAGGAUGGAGAGGCAAAGUUACGCCUUCUGUAUAAUGAGGCUGAAAAAGACUACUUGUCCAUUCCUAUUUGGAAGUCUUAUGUGGAUUUUAUCCUCGCCAGAUUUGAUUCUGUCUGGGGCGACGAUGAAACUGGACUCAAUAAUGAAGCCGAAGCUGAGAUGGUUAUAGAGAAUACACGAGAAGAUUUAAUGAAAGCAGUGCGCGCUACAAGCUACCAUGUGAUGGAAAGCCACGAAAUAUGGAAUAAAUACAGUGGAUUUGAGAUUCGAGUAUUAAAGCGUUUUCAAAGCCCUGAAAGAUUUGAAAAAGUUAAAAAAGCUUUUAUGGAACGCUUGAGUACCUUGCAUAUUGCCUGCGAACAAACUUUCAGCGAUUAUUCUGGCCUGAUAAGUACCUUUGAUAAUGAAAAUUAUGAAUCCAAUAUGGUGGAAGCCAACAAAAUUUACGCAAAAACGAAAGAAGCAGCAAUUGAAAGAGAUUAUUUUGAACAACAAUUAACUCAACAUGGAUAUUCACUUGAUAUGUUUUAUCAAUAUAUUGAAAACGAGAAAAUAACAACCAAAAAGCCUAGUUUAAACAAUGUUAGAGGAUUGUACGAGCGUGCAGUAUCAAUGUACUGUACCGACGUUGGCCUUUGGAAUGAUUAUGUUCUUUUCUUUUUUGAACGUGUACGUGUUCAAAUCUUCUUGGAAGCUACUACUUUGCGUGCUGUUCGGAAUUGUCCUUGGUCUGGUAUCUUGUGGGCCCAUCUCGGAAGAGUCUUGGAGACUGGUAAAAAAUCACAUGAAAAGAUAUCCGAAAUAUUCGACCGUGCCUUAGAGAACAAGGCUUUGCUAGCAAGUCUUGAAGAUCUUGUAGCUCUGUUGAGGGCAAAAUGUGACUUUGAACGCCGGCGUGUCGACUGGGAAGAGCCCGACGAGGAAACUAUUAUGGACCUUCGUGUUGCCUUUGAAGAGGCACUGGUAUAUAUAUCUGAAGCUGAUAGAGGUUAUACAGCAUUCGGAAAGAUUGGUGAUCCGUAUUACCGCAUAGAGAAAUACUAUGCCUAUAUCGAGGGUAAGAAACUAGGCAAUGUAAAGAAAGCUCGUGAGAUAUGGGAAGGUGUUAUAAAGAAGCAUGGCCGCCAAUCAGAAGCAUGGAUUCAAUACAUUGACUUUGAGAGAUCCGCCGGAAAUGAACAUCGAUGUGCUUCAUUGUUCAAACAAGCACUUUCAAAAAAUCUCGAUUAUCCAGAAAGGAUUAUGGAUGCAUGGAUGACUUUUGAGCAUGAGGAAGGAACAGUUGACUCCAUGGAAGAUGCUCUUAUUCGCAUCAACAAAGGUUCAAAGCUACUAACAAGAAACUGGCAGGCAAAUCUUGCUGAACAAGAAACAGCAGAAGGAAAAAAGAAGGAAAAAGAGAAGGAAAAAGAGAUGUCUGCAAAGAUUAAAAAGAGUGCUCACCGCCGGAAGCUCAAGGAAACAAAAAAACAGAGCUUUGAAUUAUCAAUGGCUCCUUCAGAAAAAGAAAACAAAGUACACUCUGUACCUACUGUACCUAUUCUUAAACGCAAAGCCUCCGAAAUGAAUAUAUUUGAAAACGAUGUCUUCAAGAAGCCAAAGCCGAUUCAAAAAAUAUCAGCAGAACCCAAAGUAGAGAAAAAGGCAGUAGCAAAUGUAGAAACAAAGCCAGCCAGUGGAUUAGGUAUGAUCCCCCAUGGUAUGCGCAAUGCACGUGGAAGAGGACGUGGUAAAGGAACACGUUUGGCUAUUUCAAGAAAUCAAGCAAAACCUGCCGAACAAGCUACUUCUACUCAUGCUCCAACAGCUGGGCCAACUGCACCUCAAACAAUUACUCCCAAAAGCAAUGAUGAUUUUAGAGCUCUUCUGCUAGGCAAAAAGUGA